AGUCGCAAACCAUAAAAAAGUGUCCAAACUUGCUGGUCAUAUGCCACCGUCGUUGCUGACACGGAAGAUCACUGCCCCACGAUGACGACCCACGUGACCCCUAAGCAAGGGCUGCUUCGUCAGAGGAGAGAGAAGGAGAUCGACGAGCAGAUCAUGAGGGAGAAGUACGCCGCAGAGAAACAGACAAUGAAGAACCCAUCAUCUGGAAUCACACGUUUCCCUGCCAUGCCGGGCCUAUCAGCUAAGCUGAAUGUGACACAAACAAGAGAUCGGCCACGUGAUGCUGGAGUGAUGCCCGUGCCCAACAAUGCCGUGACCAUGUCCGGUAGGAUUAGGAGCGAGAUCACGCAGGAGGAUAAGAAUUACAUCGCCAACUACCAGAAAGGACCAAGUCACACUGAGACUGCAAAGGUGGUUAACAAGUGGAUAGAGUCGGCUAGUGACAAAGAGCGGGAUUUGGCUUUCCAGUUUUUUGGCUCUCUUGCUGGCAAGAAGCUAAUGGGUGGUGACCAGGCAGCUAAAGAAGCAAAAACCAAGCAAGGCGGAGCCUGCAACGUCUGUGAUGCAACAAGACUCAAGGACGUCCUGGGUGCCCUGAAAACAACCGGAGGACCCAUUGCCAGCAGCGACCCUAAAGAUCUCAGGUCCGGUGAAUCCAACCGGCGCCGCCUCCGCCUCCUGUCUCCGUUCACCCGGCGACACAAGGAGGAGAUGCAGUCGUGGCACCACCUACCGGCCUCCCGCCACCGGGGACCGGUCUCGAACACCAUCGGUCUCUUCACCCGACCCCACAAACCCACUCAACGCCACUUCACCAUACACCCUGAAUGGGAGUAGAUCGAUCAUCUCUUUAAACCUUCGACCUUCGACCUUCUUGUCACUUUGUGUCAGCGUAAACAUCUCAAUCUUUUAGCAAACCUUUGAUGGGAACUUUUUGAACUAUUUAUAUUAGAAUUUUUUUAAUGCAAUUUACGAAUAUAAAUUGUUAAGUGAUAAUACAUUACUACUAAUUAGAUCAUUUAUAUCUACCUGAUGUAAUUAUUUUUUUGAGCGAGGUUUGCGGUUACACCAUGUUGUCUUUCGACAGGGUUAGUUGGCCCAGAAAAGGGCCCAUCAUGCUGUAUCUCGAUGUUUCAAUAUAAAGUUCGUAAUUAUUUUUGUGUAACCAGUAAAUAUCAAAUUCCAGACAAUCUAAUUAUUGAAUUUAUAAGCAUAUUAAAAUACUUACUGGUUUCAUUUAAGUAGGCUUUACACAAGUCCUUUAGAAUAGCAAUUUUGUGAAAUUUACUUUAAAAGAACUAUGCUAUUGUUAAUUUUUUCUACAUAAUGGGCAAUAAGCGAUCAAACAUUAGGUAUUUCAGAUAUUAUUUGUAAUGUGUGUUAAAGCUUGUUAUUUGCGUGUAUAUACAUGUAUAUUUCAAGAUGUCACUGGCAUCACUAAUUCUCUUGGUACACAUAUUCGGUCCAUAAGACAAUUGCAGUUAUUUACAAGAUAUUUACAGUUGAUUGCUGAUGCCCAAUAAAACAUGGGUGGUUGUCGUGACUUUUAACAGAUUAUUCCAGGAGAAUUAUCAUGAUUUAUGGUGAAGGAAACCAAUUCUGUGAGAGAAAAAAAACAUAUCAAAUGUGCAUUAAGGUCGCACUGUGUAUUAAAAAGCUGUGACCUCCAGACCUAUCCUUCUUA